AGGCCAGAGCAAUCGACCUCGAUCCAGGGAGUCGAGAGGGGGUGCUUCUGUUCGGAGGAGGGAAGCGGUUCCAAUUUCAAACAAAAACAAGGAGCCCGAGCGGAGAGUGGGUCAGACCGCCGCGAGCUGCACUUUCCCACCAACGAGCACAACCGCGAGCCGGGGGCGCCCGUCCUCGCGAGUGCGAGCGCGAGCAGCACGGGAGCGCGCAAAGUUUGUGAGGCGCACUUGGUCGUUCGCUUGUGCACAAUUUAAUUUAGAGUUAAGCCGGAGAUCGCAGAGAAGAGGAAGAUGCCCAGAUCGAACAGACAGAAGAAGGAGUACAAGCCCGGGGACUUGGUGUUCGCCAAGAUGAAGGGCUACCCGCACUGGCCGGCCCGGAUCGACGAACUGCCGGAAGGUGCAGUCAAGUCGCCCUCCAACAAGUACCAGGUGUUCUUCUUUGGAACCCAUGAGACGGCGUUCCUGGGGCCCAAGGACCUCUUCCCCUAUGAAGAGUGCAAGGAGAAGUUUGGGAAGCCCACCAAAAGGAAAGGUUUUAGCGAGGGCCUCUGGGAGAUUGAGAACAACCCCACGGUGAAGGCAGCAGGAUGCGAGCCGGAGAAGAAGGAAGCCCCCUCAGAGGAGGCUGAGAAACCAUCUGGCGAACCUGGGAAGCGGGAGGGCGAAGCAGAGGGCAGCAGUGAUGAGGACGAGGGGAACCUGGUCAUCGAUGAGAAGAACGAGAAGGGAGGCACGAAGCGGAAAGCAGAGGACUCGUUGGAGGCUUCUCCAAAGAGGGCUAAGGAUUCCGAAGGGGAGGGGCAGGCCGAGGACAAAGUAGAGAACAAGAAGUGUGACGCUGAGCAUGGCGCCGGUGACCAUGCGGAGCUGAAGCCCAACGACACCGCAGGAUCGGAGACGGUAGCCCCUCCCACUGCUGCAGCGCCGCCUGCUAUUGGCCAGUUGAAGCCGGAGGGCCAGUUAACGUCUGACAAGGCUGUCACAGACAGUGCUUAGAUCCAAAGUUCCGUGGCUGCACUGAAAUACCAAGACCUACUGGAUUUUGAUCUGUUAAUAUAAGCAAGUUCUAGGUUGUUACACCUAGGAAAGAAAGUGAAUGAGUAAUUGUAUAAAUCUCACAUUUCCAGGAUUGGAUCAUGUGAGUCCUAUGUUGAGUUGCAGAGAUUUGGUAUAAUACAGUAGUGAUGAACAUUUUAGCCUUGGAUGAAAGGUGUACCUACUGGUAUUUUGUUUUAUUAAAGUGCAAUUAUAGAAUCGGGCCACUACGUGUCAACAAGUUCCAACUACGAGGGAACACCAGCUUGUUUCUCCUUACAAAGGUUAAAGGUUAAAUACAAAAAUAAUUACACUUUUCAGUUAUCAGUUAUGUAAUGUUAUUCCAUAGAUCAGUCCUUUGCUAACCCUGUUUAAAUAUAUUUUUAGUUUGAAUUUGUUAGUUUUACGAUUUGAGCUCAGCUGUUUGCUGUAUGUCGCUGUGCUUUAAUUAAUCAGUAAAUCUACAGUUACUUUCUGGGCUUUAAGAUGUAUAAAUAUGAUUUUCAGUGUUUCUUUUCCUGUUGACCUGAGCUGGAAACAAGUGAUUUAUUUUCUUUUUAUGAGCAUACUGCACAAGAUUUAGGGAAUAUGACUUCAUAGCCUGCUACGCCAUAGCAAGAAUACUUAAAGGAACACUUUAACGCAAUGAUGUGGCAUGUGAGUCGCAGUUGACCAAAUGUUCAGAAUAGACUUCACUAAUGAUGCUUUGAACAUGACGCUGUCUUUUUUUUCCUUUUCUUGAGUAUUUUUAGUUCCUGGAAGACAAUUCAGUUGUAUUUUUUAGCACUGCAUUAUGUAAGAGCAGCAUUUUCUUUGCAACUUUUAAAUGGCCAGACAGUGCUCUGGCUGGAGUGAUGUUGUAAUUUUAAAAAUGAAGUAUUUUUCAGGCACAGUAUUUUCUGGGCAAGAAAUUUGUAUUAACACUGGCAAAAAAGUACCUGCAACUUUUGUACAAAAGGAGAGCAGUGCCUUUUUUUUUCUUUUUUUUUU